UCUAAAAAAACCUCCCAUGAAACCAAACCAUCUUCCUUCUCUCCGACGACCCAUUCCCACGUCAAUCCCAACCCAUGGGAAACCACUUCCGCUGCCUCCGUCUCGUCUCCGACGACCCGAAUCCGAAUCCAGAACCAAACCCGAAUCCGCCAACCCGCAAACACCGUAAUCGGAGUCGGAGGCACAAACAUCCUCACCCGAACCCGUUUUCCGAGGAUCCGAUAAACUCCCCACACCCGAUCCAAGUCCUCAAACACCUCCACCCUCGCUUGCGCAUCCUCGACCACUACUCCCUCGGCCGCGAGCUCGGCCGCGGCGAGUUCGGCAUCACCUACCUCUGCUCCGACCUCUCCUCCCGCGACCUCCUUGCCUGCAAAUCCAUCUCCAAGCUCAAGCUCCGAACCUCCAUCGACGUCGAGGACGUCCGUCGUGAGGUCGCCAUCUUGUCCUCCCUCCCCGACCACCCCAACAUCGUCCGCCUCCGCGCUGCCUUCGAGGACGCCGACGCCGUCCACCUUGUCAUGGACCUCUGCGAGGGUGGUGAGCUCUUUGAUCGCCUCCUCGCCCGUGGCCAGUACUCCGAGUCCGCCGCCGCCGCCGUCAUCCGCACCGUCGCCGAGGUCAUCCACACUUGCCAUGAGAACCAUGUCAUGCAUCGUGAUCUCAAGCCGGAGAACUUCUUGUAUGCUAAUCGGAAGGAGAGUUCUCCUCUCAAAGUUAUUGAUUUUGGCCUCUCCGUUUUCUUCCGGCCCGGUGAGCGGUUCUCGGAGAUCGUCGGCAGCCCGUAUUAUAUGGCGCCGGAGGUGUUGAAGAGGAAUUAUGGGCCGGAGGCUGAUGUUUGGAGUGCUGGGGUUAUACUGUAUAUAUUGCUCAGUGGAGUGCCCCCAUUUUGGGCUGAGACGGAGCAAGGAGUGGCGAGAGCCAUAGUGCGAGGGGUCAUUGAUUUUGAGCAGGAUCCAUGGCCGCAUGUGUCUAAGAGUGCCAAGAAUCUGGUCAGGUUGAUGCUGGAGCCUGAUCCAAAGCGCCGGUUGACUGCCAAGCAGGUGCUCGAACAUCCUUGGAUAGAACAUGCAAAGAAAGCUCCAAAUGUUUCACUUGGAGAUAUUGUGAGGGCAAGGCUCAAACAGUUUUCUAUGAUGAAUAGACUAAAAAAGAAAGCACUACGGGUGAUUGCUGAGCAUUUGUCAAUUGAAGAAGUAGAAGUAAUACGAGAUAUGUUUAGACUGAUGGAUACCAACAACGAUGGGAUGGUGACAUUUGAAGAAUUGAAAGCUGGCCUUCAGAAGGUUGGUUCCAAGCUGACCGAAAUAGAGAUGAAAAUGUUGAUGGAAGCUGCUGACAUUGAUGGAAAUGGCGUCCUGGAUUACGGAGAGUUUGUUGCAAUUACAGUUCACUUGCAACAAAUUGAAAAUGAUGAACAUCUCCGUAGAGCUUUUCUGUUCUUCGAUAAAAACGGGAGCGGCUAUAUUGAAAUUGAUGAGUUAAAGGAUGCCUUAUCCGAUGAUUCUGGUCAUGUGGACACUCAAGUACUGAAUGACAUUAUACAAGAAGUAGACGCAGACAAGGAUGGCUGCAUCAGCUAUGAAGACUUCGUCAUCAUGAUGAAGUCGGGCACCGAUUGGAGGAAAGCCUCACGGCAAUAUUCUCGAGAGAGAUAUAAAAGUCUAAGCAUCAACCUCAUGAAGGGUAAUAGCUCACUAUAGAUGAUUACCAAAAGCUUAUGAUACUCAGCUUCUUCGCCGAAAUUUGGUCUGAAAAGGAAGUAUUAGUUUUUUUCCGCACAUAUUUAUAUACACAUUUAUUUUGAUCAUCACAAGUGUUGUGCAUCUUGUAUCAAUUAUCAUGUAUAGUUUUCAUUGUUUUUGAUGUUAUAUUUUUUGGUCUGCUGACCUUGUCUUCUGUUUUGUUUUUCAAAUGUCAAUGAACUCAUUUGUUUACCUAUUCUUUAUAUAAUGAAACUUUU